AUGGCCAAUGCUGGACUAAUCGCAUACAAUGUAGCGAGCUUCAUCUGCGCUCUGUUCGUCCUCGAAUUUGGCGCCGAUAAGUUCAUCGACCAUACCGCCAUUGUUGCCGAACGCACAGGCAUCCCAGAAUCAGUCAUCGGUUUACUCACUGCCGGAGCAGAAUGGGAGGAACUCGCCGUGGUCGUUGUGUGCAUCUUGCGUAAUCGAUCUUCUCUCGCAAUCGGAAAUAUCAUCGGCUCGGGCAUCUCAAACAUCCUGGGUGCCUUCUCGCUGGGUCUGUUGUUCCGGAGCGAUGAAGAAGUCAUGGUGUUUGAUAACAGUGCUAAAGUGUAUACUCUGGGCAUGUUGUUGAUCACUUUUCUGGUUGUUGGUCUGCAAGCUUUUGCCUCUUUCCUGGCCACGAGGAUCUUUGGUGGGAUGUUGAUUGUGAUCUUCAUCCUGUACGUUGGCUCUGUUGCUUAUCUGAUCUUCAAAGGCCGCUUGACUGCGCUCGAAUCAGACAGUGACAGCGAUAGCGACAGCGAGAGCGAUAAUGAGAGCAUCGACAACGAAGCUGUGGAUAGUCGUGUCAAUACAGCAACNCCUCUUCUACCCGCGGGACAAAUCAAUUCAAGCUCACGUCAUAGGCACAGCAUAGCAUACCACAUAGCACUCUUGCUUCUUGGCUUCCUGGCGGUUCUUCUGAGCAGCUUCGUCCUAUCCAAUGCCUCCUCGUCAAUCGCCGAAGAGAGUGGAAUGUCAGAAGUCCUCUUUGGAGUGGUUUUCCUGUCCAUCGCGACAACCCUGCCAGAAAAGUUCAUCGCCGUCAUGAGUGGGAGUUGCGAUCGGACGGGGAUUCUGGUUGCAAAUACCGUUGGAAGCAACAUCUUCUUACUGACCUUGUGUAUUGGAGUAUUGUGGGCUAGCACGGGAGGCGAUUUUGACAGAGGCAUUGUCGACGUGGUUGAGAUGGGUGUACUUUUGGGGUCUUCACUCUUCAUGACAUUGGUCAUUUGGUUUGGUGCUCAAUGGAGUCGGAUCGCGGGCUUGGUGAUGCUCGUGAUAUAUCUUGCCUUUUUGGUGCUCGAGUUUACGACCAUUCACCAUGGUCACGAGAAUCUCAAUCGAACCAUGAACUGA